AGGAAAUUAGUAAUGCUGAAGGCGAAGGAAUGAGAAAAUAGGAUGGGUAGAGAGACAAGCAAAUGCAGAGCUCCAACAUAAUAAAACUCCCUCCUCUUCAAUAUGCAAAGGGAAGAGUGAAGACUGCACACAGCAAGCUUGCAGCACAGCCUGCCAAAACUCACUGCAGACACGACGACAGGUUUUCAGUCUCUUUGCACUGCACUGUUUAGCUAACUGUACCAUGGAUGGAAAACAUAAAGACCAGAACCAGACUAAGUAGUUAAGUUCGAAAAAAGAAAGGCGCAACUUUCUUGCUGCUGCUAAGAAGAAAGAAUUUAAAGGAAUAGAAAGAAAACAAGUAACCAUGCAAGCAGGGGGAAACCAGCAGAGAAACUUUUUCCUGACUGUGCUGACACUUUCGGUUACAUUGGAGGCUUAUAGAGCUCUAAGCUGUCGAAUUGGCACUGGAUCAGAGUGUGAGAAGGCUCCAUUUGUCCCGGGCCACAACCUAGCAGGGGAAGGUUUUGAUGUGGUGCGUCUGCGUCGCACAGGCGCUUACGUCAUUAACGUCAAAGCUCAUCUGGAUGACAACCACACUUGUACACUGUGUCCAAACAGGUUUCAGAAUGGACAGAUUCAGAGGCUUCCUGCAGCAGUCCUGGACUGGCGUCUCUUCAGCCGCUGCAGUAAGCAGCUGUCUAGUGCACUUCACCACUCUGUAGACUCCCUGCUGCGUAGUUCCAGCUCACUGGUUAACAACAACUGGGGUUUGGGUUUGAGCCUAGACAAAAUCGGACAGGCUGUGCUAGGAGGAAGCCGCUCAGAUUUGGCCAAGUUUGCACGCUCCCAGCACAGUGUGGACAAAGCUACAUUUGCCAUUCAUGAAAUCAGUUGCUCCUAUUACAGCUACAGGCUGGCUGACCAUCCCCAGCUGAGCUCAGAGUUCACAAAGCAUCUGAAGAGACUCCCACAGAGUUUAAGCACAUCCCAGAACAAAGCUCUGUACAGACGCCUCAUAGACACCUAUGGAACACAUUACAUACACCAGGUGCAGCUUGGGGGUAAAGUGAGGCGUAUUACUGCUUUCAGGACUUGUCUGGCUACACUAAAGGGCUUUUCAGAGUCAGAAAUCAAAAACUGCCUGAAUCUCGAACUCCGUAUGGCUCUGGGUUUUCUACCUGGCAAUGCAUCUUUCUCUAACAAGUGUGACAACCUUUUGAAAGGGAACAUGAGCAUGGGCUUUUACCAGGGCUUCAUGACUCAUAAGAUUGAGGUAAUCGGAGGGGAGAGGUAUUUUCCUGACAUUCUUUACCAACAAGACCCCUCAGAGUCAUACCACAGCUGGAUAAACAGCCUUCACAACAACCCUGAUGUAGUUUCCUAUGCCAUCUUCCCCCUGCAUCAUUUGGUGGAGGACAGUGAGAUCAGUGAAAACCUAAGAAGCAUGGUCACAGAGUACAUAAAAGAGAACCAGCUGGAAAUGGAGCAGCUCGGCCAGAAGAACUGCUCCCCAGCUCCCAACUUGGAUCACAAUUGUUGUCCUUUACGAGCCGGAAGAGGAACUCUAAGGCUGGAAAUCCAUAGAGCUGCAGGUCUGAGGGCUGACACCUUCACAAAAACAGACGCAUACGUAAAAAUAUUUUACACCGGCAUGUAUGAAGAGACCGAGACUGUGAUGGACAACAACGACCCAGUUUGGAACGCCACUUAUGAUUUUGGCUCAGUGGAACUGGGUCAGGAGAUGAGGUUCGAAGUCUGGGAUAGGGAUGUGCUUUACAAUGACAGAGCAGGGAUAUGUAUCAUCUAUCCUGAGAAAGGAACCCAUUCUUUGAGCUGUCAGCUCCGAAAAGGUGUUCUCUAUUUUACCUACGCCGUCAGCUGCGAUGCACAUUUGACAGGAUUCAGGUGUGGUAGAUACUCUCCACAUGCUGAAUAAAAAACAUGCUACUGUAUCUUCAAAUCUGCACUGGGCAUUUUUUUUUCCUUUUUGACAGAGUUCUUCUAAACUGCAUAUUAUAUAUAUAGUAAUUUCACUUAUGCAGAUGGUAGCAUAUUCUAGGGCUUUUCCACUGAGCUCAUUAUAGGUGCCUGCAAAACAAGAACAAGAUGUAAAAGGCUGUAGGUAUCAGUUGUAUUCUUAUUAAAUUCCUGUUAUAAUACCAAUAUGCCUUUCAUCUAUUCAUAAUCCUUUAGUAUAGAUGGAUGUAUGAAAUGACUUAGACAACAUUUAUUGAGGUUUUGUAUACACAGGCUGUGCGCUGGUGGCUGGUAUUUCCUUCCCCUUUCAGACACUGCAGCAUGUGGGGAAUCACGUAACUUCUCUGAUCCAGUCAGAAGCAUAAACAAAGAGAAUGGCAGAUGUGCCCAGUGAAGAAACGUCUAACAGCUGUAAAAAAAAAAUUAAAUCUGUUAAUACUAUGGAGAUGAGCGAGAGCAGAGAUGAUGCUGAGCGUGCAGAGAAGAAGUCAAGAGAGCGCUGUCAGAGUUGAGCAUGCGGCCGACCGGUUUUGAGUGAGGGCAGGGGUGCCUCCAGGAAUUUGGAGCCCCAUGAAAGACAUUGAUAUUGACUUUUACCCCCUAUACGACGCCCCUGAGUGAGGACGUGGGAGUUUAAACAAUGCACAUUGUUCUCACUGCAUGCCCAGUCCGGUGAGACCAUAAUUACCUCAUAGAUGUUGAGCAACAGCACACGAAAUGCAAAAUUUGUCUGAAAACUGCGGGGAAAACGCAAAGUAACAUAUCCAACCUCUUCCACCACCUAAAGCACAACAGCACUUUUGAGUUCAAAGGUGUAUAAAAGGCUUCAUUACAUUUGCGCAAAAAUGUUGGCAAGAGAGGUAAAAUUGUUCUCCUGUUCCAUGAGACUUUGUUGAAUCUUUAAACUUAUAUGGGUACAAGACUUAAUAUUUGAUUGAAAUUCAUAUAUAAUGCAAUUUAUUCAGUAAAUAAAUUAUAAAUGGCAGGGAGUGGUGGCCUAGUGGUUAGGGCAUUGUGCUUGGAAUUCAAGCCCCACCCCCAAAAACUACCAGUCUGGCUCCGUGAGCAAAGACCCUUAAGCCCACACUGCUCCCCGAGCGCUGCACAAUGGCUGCCCACUGCUCCCCAAGGAGAUGGGGUAAAUGCAGAGAGUUCACUUUGUUGCUCUUUUUUUGUGACAGUGUAAUUCCAGCUCCAAAGCUGGAAAAUGAAUCAGUUUCAUUUUCUGCACAUGCCAUUAUCACUGAGAAGAGCCGGAGCAUUUAUCGCGAUCGAGGUACAACUGCCGAAUUUGAGGUAAUAUUGAUUUGAGGUCGUAUCGCCCAGCCCUAGUUCUGAAUAUUUUUUACUUAUUGCUGUAUUCACAUAAUGGUGUCUUCAUCUGACCUUGUGUCUUGGUUAUCAAACUGUGAAAUCAGCUGCUGCUCCGAGAAUUUUGGAACACUUAGAAACAAGGUAUUUAGCUGUUAGUUCAGAAUGUUAUCAAAGUCUAUACCAUAGUUUUUCAAUCCUGGUCAUCAAGGCACCCUGCCCUG